UCAUUUCCAAGCCGGGACCUGAAGUGACAACAUCUCAUGCUCGGAGUCCAGACGCGCUUUCACUGUUUCACUCUCUGUGGAUCUACUCGAGGAUGAACUAAACGGGCUUGUUGUUUCUUUUUUUAACUGUCGAGGAGGAAGACACUACAUCGGAUCUAUGAAAAAACCCACGUGGAUUUGUACAAUCAUUUUAAACCAGAAGGAAUGCAUAUUUUGUUUGUGAAACUAACUUUCUUGUUGUCGCUGAUAGGACUAACACGAGGUCUAGGAUGCUCCAUGCCCACGGAGUCGUGUUUGAACCAGGGGACAUGUGAAGCAAGUCCAGAUGGCAAUCGAGAGUGCAAGUGCCGGGACGGAUUCGUAGGCAGCAGGUGCCAGUUUCAUGACCCGUGCACCAACUCGCCAUGCAUGAACGGCGGCACGUGUCGGGCCGUCUCCAGGGGCAACACUGUGGACUUCAGCUGCACCUGCAGAGCCGGCUACACCGACCGCCGCUGCAUGACGCCCGUCAUCGGCGCCUGCGUCAGCGCGCCGUGUCGCAACGGAGGCACCUGCGAGCCCGACGGCGUGCUGGCGUACAGAUGUCGCUGCCCACCUGGAUGGUCAGGUAAAAUGUGCCAUCAAGCCGACCCCUGUGCCUCAAACCCGUGUGCCAACGGCGGCCAGUGCUCCACCUUUGAGACUCACUACAUCUGCAACUGCACGCCCUUCUUCUCCGGAAAGACCUGCAAACAGGACGUCAACGAGUGCGACGCCAACCCGUCGCCCUGCAAAAACGGCGGCGUGUGCAUCAACGAGGUGGGCGGCUACAGAUGCCAGUGUCCUCAGGAGUUCACGGGGAAACACUGCGAGAGCCGCUACCUGCCCUGCAACCCGUCGCCCUGCCACAACGGAGGAACCUGCAUCCAGAAGGGAGACACCAGCUACGAGUGCUCCUGUGUGCCAGGUUUUACGGGAAAAAACUGCAACCACAACAUCGAUGACUGUCCGGGUCACGAGUGCCAGAAUGGAGGGACGUGUGUGGACGGAGUCAACACCUACAACUGCCAGUGCAAACCGGAAUUCACAGGUCAGCUCUGCACAGAGGACGUUGACGAAUGCCAGCUGAUGCCCAACGCCUGCCAAAACGGCGGCACGUGCCACAACACGUUCGGCAGCUACCAGUGCGUCUGCGUCAACGGCUGGACGGGCAACGACUGCAGCGACAACAUCGACGACUGCGCCAGCGCCGCCUGCCACCACGGCUCCACCUGCCACGACCGAGUCGCCUCUUUCUACUGCGAGUGUCCUCAUGGUCGCACGGGUCUGCUCUGCCAGCUGGACGACGCCUGCAUCAGUAACCCUUGUCAGAAGGGCUCCAACUGCGACACCAACCCCGUCACCGGAAACCAUUUCUGCACCUGCCCCUCGGGAUACUUUGGAGCUUCCUGCGAUCAGGACGUUGACGAAUGCUCUCUGGGUUCCAACCCAUGCGAGCACGCAGGGAAGUGCAUAAACACCAAAGGUUCGUUCCAGUGCAAGUGCCAGCGGGGUUACGUCGGGCCGCGAUGUGAACUCGACAUCAAUGAGUGCAUGUCGAACCCGUGUCUGAACGAGGCCACCUGCCUGGACCAGAUCGGAGACUUCCACUGCAUCUGCAUGCCAGGCUAUGAGGGGGAGUUCUGCGAGAUCGAUACCGACGAGUGCGCCAGCAGCCCCUGCCUCAACAACGGCAAGUGUAUCGACAAGAUCAACGCCUUCUACUGCCAGUGCCCCACAGGCUUCACUGGGCACCUCUGCCAGAUAGACAUCGAUGAGUGUGCCAGCACACCCUGCAAAAACGGCGCCAAGUGCACCGACGGGCCCAACAAGUACACCUGCGAGUGCACGGAAGGCUACAGUGGACGACACUGUGAGACGGAUAUCAAUGAGUGUUACUCUGACCCCUGCCACUACGGUACCUGCAUCGACGGCCUGGCCUCCUUCAGCUGCCACUGUAAGCCCGGAUUCACAGGCCGCCUCUGUGAGACCAACAUCAACGAGUGUCUGAGUCAGCCGUGCAGGAACGGAGGAACCUGCCAGGACCGAGAGAACGCCUACAUCUGCAGCUGCCCCAAAGGAACCACAGGAAUCAACUGUGAAAUCAACAUCGAUGACUGCAAAAGCAACCCCUGUGACUACGGGACGUGCAUCGAUAAGAUUAACGGCUACGAAUGCACCUGUGAACCCGGCUACACUGGUACCAUGUGCAACAUCAACAUCGACGAGUGCGCCAUUAAUCCCUGCCACAAUGGCGGCACCUGCAUCGAUGGCAUCAACAGCUUCACCUGCGUGUGUCCCGAUGGUUACCAUGACGGCACCUGCUUCUCCCAGGUCAAUGAGUGCCUCAGCAACCCCUGCAUCCACGGCCACUGCGAGGACAAGAUCAAUGGCUAUAAAUGUCUGUGUGACUCCGGGUGGAGCGGCAAAAACUGCGACAUCAACAACAACGAGUGUGAGUCCAACCCGUGCAUGAAUGGAGGCACCUGCAAGGACAUGACCAGCGGAUACGUUUGCACCUGUCGCAUGGGCUUCACUGGUCCGAACUGCCAGACCAACAUCAACGAAUGCGCCUCCAACCCCUGCCUCAACCAGGGCACCUGCAUUGACGACGUCGCCGGCUACAAGUGCAACUGCGUCCUUCCUUACACGGGAGAGAACUGUGAAACCAUAAUGGCCCCCUGUAGCUCCAAACCCUGCAAACAUGGAGGAGUUUGUCAGGAGUCGGAGGAUUAUCUCAGCUUCUCUUGCGUCUGUCCUGAAGGAUGGCAAGGCCAAACAUGUGAGGUGGACAUUAAAGAGUGCGUGAAGAAUCCGUGUCGCAACGGAGCGACCUGCCUGAACACUCUGGGCAGCUACCGGUGCGGCUGCAAACCGGGCUUCACCGGGCGCAACUGCGAAACCAACAUCGACGACUGCAAGCCCAACCCCUGCAGCAACGGAGGCCUCUGCAAGGACGAGGUGAACGGCUUCCUGUGCACCUGCCUGCCCGGCUUCAGGGGCACUAAAUGCGAGGAGGACAUCAACGAGUGCGAGAGCAACCCCUGCAAGAACGGAGCGAACUGCACCGACUGCGUCAACAGCUACACCUGCACCUGCCCACCCGGCUUCAGCGGCAUCCACUGUGAAAACAACACUCCAGACUGCACCGAGAGCUCCUGCUUCAAUGGCGGCACAUGUGUGGAUGGCAUCAACACCUUCACGUGUUUAUGCCCUCCAGGCUUCACUGGAAGCUACUGUCAGCAUGAUAUCAACGAAUGUGACUCCAAACCCUGUCUGAAUGGAGGGACCUGCCAGGACAGUUACGGCACCUACAAGUGCACCUGUCCUCAUGGUUACACUGGUCUGAACUGCCAGAACCUGGUUCGUUGGUGCGACUCGUCACCCUGUAAAAAUGGGGGAACUUGCUGGCAGAGAGGAACCACCUACAGCUGCGAGUGUGAGACUGGAUGGACGGGUCUUUAUUGUGACGUACCGAGUGUUUCCUGUGAGGUGGCGGCCAAACAAAGAGGGGUCGAUGUUGCCCAUCUGUGUCGUAACUCUGGUCAGUGUCUGGACGCCGGAAACGUUCACUACUGCCACUGUCAGGUUGGAUACACCGGCAGCUACUGUGAGGAGCAGGUGGACGAAUGUACCCCCAACCCCUGCCAGAACGGAGCCACCUGCACCGACUUCCUGGGUGGAUACACCUGCAAGUGCAUGCCAGGCUUCUUGGGGACCAACUGCUCUGUGGAGAUCAAUGAAUGUUUCUCCCAGCCGUGCCAGAACGGAGGCACCUGCAUCGACCUGAUCAAUACCUACAAAUGCUCCUGUCCCCGGGGAACCCAAGGUGUCCACUGCGAGAUCAACAUCGACGACUGCAACCCGUUCACCGACCCCGUCACCAAGGAGCCCAAGUGCUUCAACAAAGGGGAGUGUGUGGACGGAGUCGGCGGCUACCACUGCAUCUGUUCUGCAGGAUACGUGGGCGAACGCUGCGAGGGCGACGUCAAUGAGUGUCUGUCCAACCCCUGCGAUCCACGAGGGACGCACAGCUGCAUCCAGCUCACCAACAACUACCGCUGCGAGUGUCGCACCGGAUACACCGGUCAGCGCUGUGAUACGAUCUUUGACGGCUGUAAAGGGAAACCUUGUCGUAAUGGAGGAACCUGCGCUGUGGCCAGCAACACGCCUCAUGGCUUCAUUUGCAAAUGUCCUCCUGGUUUUACUGGCUCCACAUGUGAGUACGACUCUCAGGCCUGCGGCAGCCUUCACUGUCGUAACGGAGGAACCUGCAUCUCCGGCCACAAGAGUCCCAAGUGUCUGUGCACGCCGUCGUUCACCGGUCCCGAGUGCCAGUAUCCCACCGACAGCCCCUGUAACUCCAACCCCUGCUACAACGGCGGGACAUGCGAGUACACCUCCGAGGCGCCCUUCUACCGCUGCGUCUGCCCCGCCAACUUCAACGGCCUCCGCUGCCACAUCCUGGACUACAGCUUCCAGGGAGGGCUGGGCGAGGAGAUCGCGCCGCCGACCGAGGUGGAGAAGGCCUGCGAGAUCCCGCAGUGCGAGGAGCGCAGCCACAACAAGUACUGCGACGUGCUGUGCAACAACCACGCCUGCGGCUGGGACAACGGCGACUGCUCGCUCAACUUCAACGACCCCUGGAAGAACUGCUCGGCCGCGCUGCAGUGCUGGAGAUACUUCAACGACGGGAAAUGCGACUCGCAGUGCGACAAUGCCGGAUGUCUGUACGAUGGCUUCGAUUGCCAGAACCUGGAGGGACAGUGCAACCCUCUGUAUGACCAGUACUGCAAGGACCACUACGCUGACGGCCACUGCGACCAGGGCUGCAACAACGCCGAGUGCGAGUGGGACGGCCUGGACUGCGCCAACAACAUGCCGGAGAAGCUGGCGGUGGGUCAGCUGGUCCUGGUGGUCCACAUCACCCCCGAGCAGCUCCUCAACAACUCCUUCGGCUUCCUGCGCGAGCUGAGCCGCGUCCUCCGAACCAACGUGAUCUUCAGCAAGGACGCCAAGGGGGAGAUGAUGGUCUACCCAUACUACGGCAACGAACACGAGCUGAAGAAGUACAACGUGAAACGCUCGGUGGACUCGUGGUCGGAGGUACCUGGGAAGGUGCUGAACGUGGUGAGGAGGAGCCUGUACGAUGGGGCAGGCGGCAGAACCAAGAGGGAGCUGGAUCAUUUGCAGAUCAAAGGUUCAAUUGUCCACUUGGAGGUGGACAACCGUCAGUGCUUCCAGCAGUCCACCGAGUGUUUCCAGAGCACCAAUGACGCUGCAGCUUUCCUCGGAGCUUUGGAGUCCAGCGGCAAACUGGACCUUCCGUUCCCCGUUGAAGCUGUUUUCAGCGGCAUGGACCCCCAACCCUCGCAGGAACUCUACCCGAUCUACUUGGUGCUGGGCAGCGUUGGGAUACUGGCCUUCCUUGGGGUGGGGAUGGUGGCUGCCCGAAAGCGCCGCCAUGAGCACGGGCGCCUCUGGCUCCCCGAGGGCUUCAAGACCACCGAGACCAGCAAGAAGAAGAGACGCGAGCCUGUCGGAGAGGAUUCGGUGGGAUUAAAGCCACUGAAAAACACCUCAGACAUUUCACUGAUGGAUGACGCCCAGAAUGAAUGGGGAGACGACGAACCUUCGGACGCAAAACGCUUCAGGUUUGAUGAACAGGCUAUCUUGGAGGUGGACGACCAGACGGAUCACCGCCAGUGGACCCAGCAGCACCUGGACGCCGCCGACCUACGCAUCCCCUCCAUCGCUCCCACACCCCCCCAGGGCGAGAUCGAGAAUGACUGCAUGGAUGUCAACGUCCGGGGACCAGAUGGAUUCACGCCGCUGAUGAUCGCAUCCUGCAGCGGCGGAGGCUUAGAAACGGGCAACAGCGAGGAGGAGGAGGACGCCUCUGCCAACGUGAUCAAUGACUUUAUUUAUCAAGGAGCGAACCUCCACAACCAGACCGACCGCACAGGUGAAACCGCUCUCCACCUGGCCGCCCGCUACGCCCGAUCCGACGCCGCCAAACGCCUGCUGGAGGCCAGUGCUGACGCCAACAUCCAGGACAACAUGGGGAGGACGCCUCUGCACGCUGCUGUGGCUGCCGACGCCCAGGGAGUCUUCCAGAUUCUGAUAAGGAACCGUGCCACAGACUUGGAUGCUCGUAUGCACGAUGGCACUACCCCCCUGAUCUUGGCUGCCAGGCUGGCAGUGGAGGGCAUGGUGGAGGAGCUCAUCAACUGCCACGCUGACGUCAAUGCAAUCGAUGAUUUCGGUAAAUCUGCCCUACACUGGGCUGCAGCUGUGAAUAACAUCGAGGCUGCCAUCGUGCUACUAAAGAACGGUGCCAACAAGGACAUGCAAAACAACAAGGAGGAAACCCCUCUGUUCUUGGCUGCCAGGGAAGGAAGCUAUGAGACUGCCAAGGUCUUACUGGACCACUUUGCCAACAGAGAAAUCACUGACCACAUGGACCGGCUGCCCAGAGACAUUGCACAGGAGAGGAUGCAUCACGACAUCGUGCGGCUGAUGGACGAGUACAACCUGGUACGAAGUCCUCCCAUGCAUGGAGGGUCUCUGAGCACCACACUGUCACCACCUCUUUGUUCGCCCAACGGCUUCCUGGGCAGCAUGAAGCAGCCUCAGCCUCAAGGUCAAGGCCAGGGCAAGAAGGCUCGCAAGCCCAGCACCAAGGGCAUCGGGUGCAAGGACGGCAAAGACAUGAAGGUGAAGAAGAAGAACUCGCAGGACGGGAAGUCUGGGAACCUCCUGGAUAGCUCCGCUGUACUGUCUCCAGUCGACUCUUUGGAGUCUCCCCACGGCUACGUCUCCGAUGUGGCUUCACCUCCCAUGAUGACGUCUCCUUUCCAGCAGUCGCCGUCUGUCUCCCUGAACCAUCUGCAGGGGAUGUCCGACCCUCACCUGGCUGUCAACCACAUGGUGAUGCCCAACAAGCAGGAGCUGGCGCGAAUGCAGUUUGACCCGCUGCCUCCACGUCUCACCCAUCUACCAGUGUCUGGCUCCGGUGGCCAAGGCGCCAUGAACGGCCAGUGCGAUUGGCUGUCCAGGAUGCAUGGCAGCAUGAGCCAGGCAGGUCAGUUCAACCCCCUGAGAGGAGCUCCAGGUGGCCAAGGAGGUCUGCACCAGGGCGGGCAGCACGGGAUGAUGGCCACGUCGCUCCACAACGGCCACCCGACCGCCGGCCUGUCCCAGAUGAUGACGUACCCCCGACUGGGUCCUCAGCCGCACAUCAUGCAGCAGCAGGCACAGCAGAUGCAACAGAUUCAGAACCUCCAGCAGCUUCAACAGCAGCAGCAGCAGCAGCAGAGCAUCCAGCUGCAGCACCAGAACUCAAACUCAACCAACAGCCAGAACUUCAUCAGCGGGGAGCUCAGUUCCCCGGAGCUCCAGCAGGGCACAGGCAGCUCCAGCAUGCCCAUCCACACCGUCCUGCCCCAGGAGACCCAGAUCAUGUCCUCCUCCAUCAGCCAGUCCAUGCCCAGCACCCAGUUCCUCACCCCGCCCUCCCAGCACAGCUAUUCAGGCCCCAUGGACAACACCCCGAACCACCAGGUCCAGGUGCCCGACCACCCCUUUCUGACCCCCUCACCCGGCUCCCCCGACCAGUGGUCCAGUUCGUCUCCUCAUUCCAACAUGUCCGACUGGUCAGAGGGCAUCUCGAGUCCACCGACGAGCAUGCAGUCUCAGAUCGGACACAUACCUGAACAGUUCAAGUAGAAAGCUUGUAUCUUCACACCCAGACGAGCUGCUGUAUAUAUAUAUAUAUAUUUUUUUUUAUAAGAAAGCACUCUUGGUGGAAAAAAGGAAAAAGGGGCAAAGCUGUAAACAAGAUUUAAUAGGACUUUUAUAUGCUUUUGUACUAACAGCAGCAUCUGUGUUUCAUCCAUUCUUUUUUAUUUAUUAAUGUCUUAUUUAUACGCAUUGCCUGCUUACAGAAAUUUGGGGGGUCCGUGGUGUUAGUUCACAGAAAGUCCUUUAGAGAAACUUACUUUUAGUACUUCUUUUCUGCAGUGAAGUCGCAGCAUACACACUGGGUAUUUAUUUCCUCGAGGACAUUUACUUUGCCUUUUUUAAAAAAAUAUGAUUUCUCGGCCUUUGUUUAUAUAUAUUUUUUUUGAAUAAUCAUGUUUAUAAUGAAAAUCGUGAUUAAGGGGCAUUUUAUAGAGCACAUUUUUUUUAAGUUUCAGUGUUAUUUCAAUUUGUCGUGGGAAUUAUCAGAUAAUACAUGUAUUUCAUGUGCAGGUCCUGUUUUAACAGGAGCUGUUUUCCCCCCUUUUUUAAAAAAGAUAUGUGAUUCUUAGUUACACUCUCUAGAGUUGUGUACAUUUCUUGAAUCGGCGGAGCAGCGCUACGUUGUUCCACUAGAUUUGAUUUGCGUUCUUGUGUCGAGACGUGGUGGAGAUGUGAAAUGUUGUACAGUAUACGCCCAUCUUGCAGAUUGGCAGUUAAGGCAGGCUCUGUUAGUCCUGUGCUGUUGGAGAACUGGCCCGUCGGCCACAGUGUAUGUUGUUGUCCAGGGGGAAGAGGAAACUUUACUUUCUCUCUCCCCUCCUAUUAGUUUGAGCCUAUGGCUGUGUUUCUUCCUUUUGUAAAUAUGUCCUGCAUUUCCUUUGUAAGCAAGAUUUUGUUUAAGAAAUCUUAUGUCUUAAGCAUGCAAUUUUGAAAGGUCUCGCACCAGUCAACAGCCUCGAAAAUGUCAAACAGAACAGAAUAUAUAUUUUGUAUCCUAUCGUCCCUUAUGCACACAUAAAUUUGAACUAUAUACAAAUAGAUACAAUAUAUUACUAGGUGACAUUUUUCUCUUAAAAAAAGAAGAAAAUUAAAUAAAUAUUGAGGUUUUCUAAAUUCAUAUUUAUUUACUGUUCUGUCGAAAAUCCACCGAGGCAACCAUUUGUGUAUGUUAGGAAAUGGUUUUUUUUAUACUCUGGUAAAAUGAAAACAUGUUGGCUAAGUUCUCAGUUGUGUUCAUGUCCAUGUUUUGUGCGACACACCCUGGUAAUAGUUUUUUUAAAAAAUGUCAUAAUUUAAAAAAAAAAAAAAACAUAUUAGGUUGUAGUGAAAUUGUAAUAUCUGCAAUAUGUUUCCUUCCUCUUAUACAGUUAUAAUUUGCAAGAAAUGUAUUUUCCCUUUUCAUUUUCAAUCUGUAAAAAUGUUUCUUGUUAUAAUAAAGGGCACUUGAGUGUCUUGAACCUA